UGUGCAACGAAACCGGAAUAUGAAGUAAUUUUGUUGAUAAAUGUUAAAGUGUGUGCUAGUGUCAUGGUGAGACAGAGAGGGUUCGGUUAAACCUUGACUAGUGAUCUGGUAGAAUCGUGUGUAAAGAGGGGGAACGAAGCAGGCAAGGAUGACACUCAUCUUCAUCUUCGUCGUUGUGAUCAGCCUCUCUGACGCGUCUACGACAUCCUCUCCCACAGUGACUACAGAAGCUACAGGUACACCAUCAAGUAUUACGACACUGGUGACCACAAUGCCGGCCACGUCUACAGGAACCACAACAACGGCAACACCAGUGACCUUUUCAUCUGCAACUACAACUCCUAGAGCUACAUCAUCGGAUUUUGGAACAACGAAGAACACAUUGGAAACUACGACAUCCGUAACCCCACUAUCUGCAACUACAUCUUCAGGGAUCACAACGACAUCUAAUACACCAUAUACAGAGACUUCGGAGACAGUAACCUCUGCAGCAGCUACAACACAGAAAGGGAGCACAAUACUGACUACAACACCAAAGCAGGGGUGCCAUACCAGCUGUACCUGUGUAUGUGACGAUGCUGCACUAACAACGUCGACGGUGUUGUUGUUUGUCGCUGUCCUCGUUAUCUGUGCAACAACGGUUAUUCACGCCGUUGUCAGGAAACGACAGGAAACAAUGGGAGGCAAAGCUGCCAGGUCUGAUCCAACCUUUUCGGAGGUUAUAUUGAAAGACAUUGAGGGAGACCACAUUUACGGGAAAUUGUAUUACGAGAAUGACCGGAAAGAUAGGACUGAUCUUGAUAUGACCCCACCUAAACCCUGCUUUCGUGAUUUGGAUAACAAGAAGGAGACCAAAGAUGCACAGCCUUGAACAAUUUAGCAUACGAUAUGUUUUGUAAGCAAAUGUCGUACGAAUUUCGUAUACACAUAGGCGCCAUAUUUGUGUACAAGCUGAUGUGACUGACGAUCAUUAAACUCAAGACUGAAGGCGUUGUAAAAGAAUAUUCGACACUUGUAUGUUUAAUGCGUAAGAGUGAACUUGAGAGAUUUGAAUUUGAAACAUAUAUUGUGUUGAAAUCACUCAUUCAACCUAAUCGUGAAUACAGUUCUCGACGCUCAUCAAACACUGAAAGAUAA